GUGGGCGCGGACGUUUGGGCAUCGCGUCGCCAGCGAAGCCCACAAGAAAGACACCAGUCAUCGCCGGCCCCUCGAUUCUCCGCUCUCUGUUCAUGAGAGAGAGAGACGAAGGAGAGAGAAACCCAUAAGAUUUCAAUCUCAAAAGCUUUCAAUGGCCGAUGCUCUCUCUCGCCUCUCCCUUCUCCACUUCGCUCUCAACGGCUCCACUCCUCCCCUUCUCUGGCCCUUGAUUCGCUCCUCUCCUCGCUCCCCCAGUCUCUCAUUCAAGCCCCGCUCAAUCUCUGCGCGUGAUCUUGAUCGGUUCUCUCGUUUCAAGGUCCGUGCAGUUGUUGCAGGAGAAGAAGGAAACACACCAAAGUGGUGGGAGAAGAAUGCAGGGCCAAAUAUGAUUGAUAUUCAUUCUACAAAGGACUUUCUGGAUGCACUGAGCCAAGCUGGUGAUAAGCUUGUCAUUGUUGAGUUCUAUGGCACUUGGUGUGGUUCUUGCCGAGCUCUUUUCCCGAAGCUUUGCAAAACUGUUCAAGAGCACCCCGAUAUAAUGUUAUUGAAGGUAAAUUUUGAUGAAAAUAAACCUAUGUGCAAAAGGUUGAAUGUUAGGGUUCUUCCAUAUUUCCAUUUCUACCGUGGUCCUGAUGGACUAUUGGAGUCUUUUUCAUGCUCUCUGGCAAAGUUUCAAAAACUAAAAGAUGCUAUUGCAACUCAUAACACCCCUCGUUGUAGCAUUGGUCCGGCUCUAGGUGUUGGAGACCUAAACCUUGUAGAUAGUGCCACUCCACAAGAAAACUCAGCAGAAGCCAGUUCCAGAUAGCCUGUAUCUUCUUAUAAUGCCUUCAAGAAAUGCACGUGAUAUAAUACAGUGUGCAUGGUUUCGUCCUUGCUAGGAAUCGAAAGUCAAAGCAACUUUGCUAAGAGUCCGUAUUGAGUAGCGCUUGCAAUAUUUGCCUGUGAUUACUACACACUGUUCUAUUGCUUGUAUAAUUGUGGAUUUAGAUACCCUUUAAUACAUACUUAGGGCAGAAGGUUCUUCUAAAGUAUUUUCCUAGAGAUUAAUCUUCAGAUACUGAGAAGGGGUAGCUUUGUAUGAAUUAUAAAUUUUGCUAAGUUUUUCAGUUAUUUGUGAACCGUGUCAUGUUUCAUGUAUAUGCACUACGAGACUGUGUUGUGUCAUGUUUCAUGUAUAUGCACUACGAGACUGUGUUUCAGGACUAUUAAAUGGGAUUUGAGGAGGCGCCCUAAAGUUUAAAUUUGCUCUAAAGUUUGACACCCUAAAUCUUGGUUUCACCUUUUUCUAACUUUGACACCCUAAAUUUCGGACCUAACCAUCCGGAGAUCAACAA